UCUACGUUAUAUGGUAUGUUGAUGUGACGUGUGUAAUGCCGGUUUUUCAAAGCAAUUGAUCUAGAGAAAAACACGACAAUCGUCGGAUUGACGUUUCUUGUGGUGUGAGAAACUUCAUCGGAGUCUGCGCGCAGGUAGCGCGGACGAAUCGCAUUGCGAGCAUGCGAGCCCGCUGAAGCCUCACGUGUGCAUUUGAAUUUUCAAUAAGAUCAUCUGCCAGAUAGUGUAGGUGUAUUUUGUUUGGUGCAAAAAGUGGUAUUCAGAUCCAACUCAGUGCAUUCUCGUCUUCGAAAACGUUGGCAGAGUUAGCGGAAUGUGGCACGAGGAGGAGCAUCUCGGAAGCCAUGCCGGCUAACGAGUUCUCUGGACAUAGAAGCAGACCAAGGCUGCAACCACCUUAACGAACCGCUAUUCUCACUAGCAAGGUCAUCGGGCGGACCGGAUCUAAUCAUGCUCACGCCGACUAUGUUUCCUGUGCUCUCGUUCCUCCUUCUUAACGACGUGAGGCAGAAGAUCGAACGUUAAAAAUUUCGACUUUGAAAAACCGUUUGUUAAAAUUCAAGAUCAUUUAAAAGCAAAAUAAUAUAAGAAGAAACAAUCCAUCGAUCAUUUCAAAAAGAGGAAACGAAAUAUCAGGAAAAGAAAUAUUAUUGAUGAUUAUUGCUCUCAUUGUCUUUGCUCUUUGAGAGCGCGAAUAAAUUCUUAGAGGUAAAAACGGAUCGUAUCGAAUAAUCGAGAAAAAUAUUUGGUGUGAUUAUUCAUACCAAUGAUUUUAUUAACAUCUCCCUUGUGGAGAAGCGUUUAAUUUCCGUUUUUACGAGUUGUAGAUAAAAGCUGAAAUGAUAAACUUAUUAACGAGAUAGUUAGAAAUGGAUAGAGAAAAUAUUUAUGUACGAAUAUAUAAUUCAAUACUUAAUUAAUAAAAUGUAAUCAAAGAACAAAAAUAAAGUGGGACCAAGUAUUUAUCUAAGUACAAUAAUUUUUUUAUUUACAAUUUAUUAAGAGAAUAAAAUAACGUAUUCUUUAAAUAAAAGAUAGAAUAAUCAUGCCUUUAAAGACGAUGGUCCCUGUUCUCAUGCUUCAUUACAAAGUAAUUCAUCUAAACUAUUCUGAAGCAUGAGCUGAAAGGUAGCUAGAAAUGUAGACUGCUUAUUGAAUGCCGUCGCCAUGGUGGAGCUGGUGUGUAGCAACUCCCUAAGUCCAGGAACCUAUUCAUGUGUUGAAAAAUUCGUAAAAGAAGAAAACCAAAAAGAAAAAACAAAAAAAAAACCGCACAGAAAUUCAACGUUUAACUAAUUAGAAGAAAGAAAAAAAAAAAGAAAAAAAAGAAUUUCUAAAAAAUUUUACAUAAAAAAAAAAAAAAAUUUCCAACAUCGAAAAGAUCACAUGAAACGUAUCCCGCGUGGUGCCAUGUAGAGGAGCAAUCUUCCUUCUGACAAUCCAGCAUCGAGUAAUGCUGAAACACAUCCUGACGGGGCAACCGUCGUCAGCGGGCUCCAGGCACCAGCACAAUGAUUAUCAAGCGAGCUCGGGCUCGUUGCACGGCGGCCACCAUCAUCACCAUCAUUCCAGUCACCAACAGGAUCAGCAACAACACCUUCAUUACAACCAAAGUAACGUUCGUGGAACAGGAAGCCAAGGACGGGGAGUCGACGUUUACGACUCUGUAGUCCAUCAGAGAGGCAAUGUGCAUCAAGCUGCCACGACGCCAUCAUCCACUCACAGACACCCUUUGAAUCAUUCCCAAUUGAGCGUGAACAAUCUGUCCCAACGAUUAAAUCAUUCCCAUGCCCUUAACUUGUCUACGUUGUCCACGUCGAAGCAUUCGGUGAAUAGUGUUAGUCCUGUCGGUGGUGGAAACAACAACAACAAUAACAACAACAAUAACAACAACAACAACAACAAUAAUAAUAAUAACAACAACGUGUCGACUUUGGGACAUACAAUAAUAUCCCAGGUGCCGUUGCAUCAAGAUAGCAGACCCAAAGCGAAUGGAGGCUUCGAUAUUUCAAGACUGUCCAGGUUACCCAGUCAGACGACACCUUCACCUGCACCUGUUCUCCAAGGUACGACUGUCGGCGGUCAGUUGACCGGUGCUGGUUCUACGGCGUUCCCGUUGAACGCUUCCUGGUCCUCGUCCCUAUCGAGGAAUCAUAAAGACCACGAGUCCGGAGCGAAAGAGACGUUGACCAGUUUAGGCUUGUUGUGUCUGGUGUCGUUAUUAUUGGCAUUACUCUCGUUAAUCUUCUUGCUGAAGAUUUCACCGUUAACGGUGACGCCGAGUAGCCUGAUCAGCCCGGAGGAAUAUACGAUUGUGUACGAGGUGACAUUGGCGCUGUGCGCCCUCGCCCUCUCCUUGAAUCUUUGCUGUCUCCUCGUUUGCGCUAUACAGUUCCUCUUCACAGUGAAGCUUGUCAAGACUUCGUAUCAAGGACACUGGAGUAACAAGUACCUGCAAAAAUCAUCCAUCAGCCGGAUAUGUGCUGUCGGAGGAUUUUUCAUUAGCAUUCCUGUCUUUCUAACUGGUAUGAUAUUGUACACAUUCAUCCAGUUUCAUUCAACACCGGCAAUCGUCACGUCCGUUUUUAUAGGUCUUGGCAUUGUGUUUUGUGGAUGUGCAAUGGUUCAUAACGUCUUCGUGUGGCAGAGGGAGAAGACGAACGCUGUGAAGGCGUUAGCGCGCGAACAAUGUGAAGCGGCGGUACAAUUGCAACGUCAACAGCAAUUACAGCAGCACCAAAAUCAACCUCAAUUGCAACAGCAACAACAAUUACGUGGUCCAUUGACUAUCCACUAUGCUGGCUGUCCUACAAAAGUUGGCUCUGUGACAAAUCAACUAAAUGCCAGUCAUACAAUACACAGUCGUGCGACACAAUACCAACAUUAUCAUCAUCAUCAUCAUCAUCGACACGUGUCAAUGUCCCCACCGCCCUUGUUGCUUUCAUCGCCAGCUUCGAUCGCAGCGACGCACAAUCAUUUAAAUGUGAGCGGACAUAGAAACAUAGUUACGCCACCAGAUACACCGGCGGAUAGAUCGCCACCAAGUCCUGGAAAUAAAUUGAAUAGAUCGCAACACUUGCCGCGGGAAGCGACUGGCAGUGUUAGCCCUGGACUUCCAGCUGCCACAUUGGAUUUAAGUAGUGCAGCAACUACUAAUAGUCCUCAUGAAUUGUCUACAUUGGUUUAGAAUCUUGAUUCAAAGAUUGUUUUUAAUGUAGAAUUGAAGAUUAAUGAUUGAUUAUUGAUUUUCUAAUUAAGUUUUGAUUAAAGAGAAAAGCAUUUCAUUAUUUUUAAAAUUAUAGACUCAUUUCAAAAUUUGGAUGAUUUAAUUGGUAGAAAAAUCGUUUUUCGUGAACGGUUUGGUUAAGCGAUUAAUUCAUUUCUUUUCCUACAGUGGGCACUAGUAUACAAUGUCAUUUCUGUGGUUUCCCGGUUAACCUGUUGCUUGUAGAAUUAUAUAAUCUUGUUGUUUAAUAUUUAUAUUUUGUAAACUUUUUAAUUUUUUUUGGAUUUUUAUUCAGUUUUUCUAAAGAACUUUUUUUUUAAACCAUAAAUUCCAAGUAAUCGGAAAUAUGGAGUAAUUGUUUCAAUAAACAAAUUCAGUCAAUUAGACUUUUUAUAAUGAAGUUUGUUAUAGAAAGAAAAGUAAUUUAAUGUUAUUUCGAAAAUGAGGAAAAAAACAUGGAUUAUUAUGAGAAAUAGAAAAACAAAAAAGAAAGUAAAAUUGUUCGUUAAUAUUAAUUACAAAUAAAAUAAUUUUUAAGAAAACGUCCAAAAGACGUAACGAAAAAAAUAACUAAUUUAUAUUCGCGUGUAUCUUGCCAUUACCAUUUUAUUACUAUUAUUGAUAUUGUUAAUAUUACUUAAUUACUAUUAUUAUUAAUAUUAAUAUUGUUACUAUUAUUAUCAUUAAUGUUAUGAAACUUCUAGUCCUAGGUUACUUUCGCCUUCACGAAAGAAUAAUUUUUUACUGUUGCGCGUAAUUCAGCGAUUAUAGAAUUGUCGUUGUGCAUGCACAGUAGAAAGAAAAUUGGCGAAGUGCAAAUCUUGAACUAUAAAGAGUAAAAAAUAUAUGUAGAUGUACAAAAAAAACUUUGUAUUCGUAUUAUAUAAAAUUUAAAUUUUAUAACUUAUGGUGGUAUUUCGAUUUUUCACUAUUUACAAAUUUUUUUCAUUUUUUACAACUAUUAAUUUUAUUUAGAAUCGAAUAAAACAUUUUAUAUUUUUUAAACGUAGAAAUUAUAAUAAAAUAUUGAAUUUUAUGUAUGUAUGAUAGAAACUUUAUAAUUCGAGACUAGGACUUCGAUCAAGUUCACAUUGAACAUAAAUCAUUUUAAUUUUGUUAUUUAAGCGUGUAUACUAUACGUGUUUGUUCCUUCUCCUCAUGUGCGCAGAAUUAUAGUUUAAUUAUAUUCAUAAAUACAGUUAUCGAGUCAAAAAUCGAUAUGUAUUUAGACUUUAAUAUUUAGAAUUAUUUAAACGCGAAAUUAAAAAAUAAAAAAAGUAUUGUUUUCAUGUUCCAUUCAUAAUAUGACCGAUCGUUUUCUAUAUAUAAAAUUCUUUUAAAAAAAAUAUCUAGAUUUUUUAGUUUAUUUUUAAUUAUUUCGUAUUUAAUAUUAAUUUUAUAAGUAAUGUAUUUAUACAUUUUUUUAUAAUUAAACA